AGCCAUUUCCACUGAUGGCGACUUUUAACUUAAUAGUUUAUUUUAAAGUGUAUUCAUUCAGUUUAACUAACGGUGUUGUAUUUAAUUGAAACUGGAAAAAGGACAAAAUAAUUUUAGCCUACAGUUUGAGUGUCAGCUUUUCUCUUACCGGAGGAAGUGGGGCAGGUGUCGGGCGUGUUAGAAGAUGAAUGAAACAUUGUCGAAUAUUGCAAACAGUACUUUAAUUAUGGCUUCAGAGAGCAGUGUGGAGGAGCCUGACCCUCAGUCUACCUUUUUACUGCCAAACAUUUCUACCAUGGCUAACAUGACAGUAGUCAUAUCCAAGAAUGGGACUCCAGUGGAAGACCAGAUCUUCCUCAACACAGUUGCUGCCCAGGCUCUCUCAGGGAUAUUUGUUUGGUCAGCCUUGCUCAUCACUUGUCACCAGAUCUACUCACACCUGAGGUCAUACACGGCACCCAAUGAGCAGCGCUAUAUCAUCCGCAUCCUCUUCAUCGUGCCCAUCUAUGCGUUCGACUCCUGGCUCAGCCUCCUCUUCAUCAGUAAUGACCAGUACUACGUCUACUUCGACUCUGUCCGUGACUGUUAUGAAGCAUUUGUCAUCUACAACUUCUUGAGCCUGUCUUUUGAGUAUCUAGGAGGAGAGAGUGCCAUCAUGGCAGAAAUACGUGGGAAACAGAUUCAGUCAAGUUGUUUAUAUGGCACCUGCUGCCUGGCUGGAAUGAGCUACUCCAUUGGCUUUCUACGAUUCUGCAAACAGGCCACCCUUCAGUUCUGUGUUGUGAAACCGAUCAUGGCCAUCAUCACUAUCUUCCUACAAGCCUUUGGAAAAUAUCAUGAUGGAGAUUUUAAUGUGAAUGGCGGGUACCUCUACAUCACCAUCAUCUACAAUAUCUCUGUCAGUCUGUCCCUCUAUGCUCUCUUCCUCUUCUACUCCGCUACCAGUGACCUCUUGAGGCCUUACGAACCUGUGCUCAAGUUCCUCACCAUCAAAUCAGUCAUCUUCCUGUCAUUCUGGCAAGGCAUGAUUCUGGCCAUCCUGGAGCGCUGUGGGGUGAUUCCUGAGGCACUGGUCAUAGACAGCCAUGAAGUGGGUGCCGGGACAGUUGCUGCCGGCUGGCAGAACUUCAUCACCUGCAUCGAGAUGUUCUUCGCCGCCAUCGCACUCCGCUACGCCUUCACUUACAACGUAUACCAAGCAAAGAAGAGCCUGGCUCCAGAUAAUGUCGCCCCCAUGCACAGCAUCUCCAGUGGACUGAAAGAGACCAUCAACCCUGGAGACAUGGUCCAGGAUGCCAUCCACAACUUUUCCCCAGCCUAUCAGCAGUACACCCAGCAGUCAACUCAGGAGGUGGUACAGCCCUGCCCGAAUGGCAAACCGGGCCCCAGCAUCACCAAGAGCUCAAAAAAGUCUGACAAAAUCACUCUGAUUGACACAGAUGACGAGUUCUAGGGAGCAACUCUCAUGAACUGAGAGGCAGGGUCCUGGGCCGGUGGGGCUUUGGGCAUUCAGACAGCUCACUUUGCCAGGAACACUUUAGAGAGUGCCUCUGCAUCAUGCCUGUUUGAAGUAUUUGCUCAGUGGUCCUCCAUCGCAGCCUCCUGAUGAUCGGAACCAUCUCUCAAAGAUACCCUGGCUUCAGAGCACACACUUCAAAACGUUUACCUAGGCCCUUUGAGACACUUCGGGUGUCUCAAAUCAUAGACAGGCUUUUACGCUUCUCAUGUGGGGAGUUAAUUCAUUUUCUGCCCAUGCACUCCAAAAUCAGGGAACCUCAACAGUUUUAUUCUUAAAAGGAACUUGUGCUCCUAAUUGUAUAUCAUUUGUAUAUAUGUAUUUGGUUGGCUGUACAGGUGAUGUUUGGGUUUGUAUGGGGUAUUAAUUGUUAAUAUUCUGAAUUAUAAUGUGCUUUUCGAGUUUGUUUGUUUUUUGCAUUCACUUUUGCUUUAGUAAUCGUUUACUAAAUUACCAAUCAACAUAAUAUGAACAAUUUCAAGAUUAUCAAUCAUAUUUUCAGUCAAAGGUCACAAAUAUUGAACAAAAAAAAUGCCAUCUUAGCCAGAGGUCUGUUAGACAUGAAGCUGCUCAGCUGAAUUGUCCAAUUGGCUCAAAUGUAUAUAGUUAUACAUUAGUCAAUUUUAUGCAUUUAGUCCUCUUAUGUACAUAAAAAGUAUAGAAACUUAUAUUGGCCCCAAACUGUUUUCACUGAGUUUCCAUAGUUUUUAAAAUGAGUUGACAGUACAUGAGUAAUUUUAAGGCCUGUCAUUAAACUUUGUUCAUGAUGUAUUUUGGAAUACACUUGGUACUUUGACCUUGGUCUUCUCAGUGUACAUCAACACUUCUAUGUAGGGCACCUCAACCCAACUGAUUAAUGACAUCAUAACUAAUCUUUUUCAAUAAACUUGUGGGUAUAACAAUCAAGGCUCAUGCAACUUGAUUUUUACUGUUUCUUGUGCCAAUAAUUUCUGCUUUAAA